CCGGCUCUACAGUACCAAUUGCAAGUCGAGCUUCAAAUCUUGGGCCUCCUUGAUUCUCACCUCGGACUGUUACUUAGUUCUCUCGGCUCCUCCAGCUCCGUUCCAUCCAUUCCCUCACCUCAUAACACCACACAAGCACAGCCCAAGAUGAAAGUCAAAGCCCUCUCUCGCUCUGCAGACACCUACCUCCCGUCCCGGUCCUCCGACAUCGCCUCUGUCCCUCGCAACCUCGACCCAGACCUUCACCCCUUCGAAAAAGCCCGAGAAUACACCCGCGCCCUCAAUGCCACCAAAAUGGAACGCAUGUUUGCUCAACCAUUCAUCGGCCAACUCGGCGACGGGCACAUCGACGGCGUCUACACCAUUGCCAAAGAUCCGCGACGGUUGGGGAGAGUUGUGAGUGGGAGUGGUGAUGGGGAGAUUAAGCAUUGGGAUGUGGGGAGUAGGGAGGAGGCGUUUAGUGUGAGGGCGCAUGAUGGGAUUGUGAAGGGAUUGGCGUAUACGCCUGAGGGGAAUAUCUUGUCUUGUGCGGCGGAUAAGACGGUCAAACUAUGGGACACUUCCAGCUUGUCGAAAGAUCCGAUGACGAUGUACAUGGGUCCAGCAGCAUUCAACUCAAUCUCGCAUCAUCGCUCUGAUCCAGUCUUCGCAACCGCAUCGAACGUCGUACACCUCUGGAACCACAACCGGUCCGCACCGGUGAGUACACUCGAGUGGGGUGCAGACACCAUCAACACCGUCGCCUACAACCAAACCGAAACCAGCGUCCUCGCGUCCGCCGGAACGGACCGAACUCUCAUCCUCUACGAUACUCGAACCACCUCUCCCCUGCAAAAACUCACAAUGCAGCUCCGCGUGAACAGUAUCGCGUGGAACCCAAUGGAAGCAUUCAACUUUGCCGCCGCGAGCGAAGACCACAAUGUGUAUAUCUUCGAUAUGCGAAAACUCUCUCGUGCACUCAACGUGCUCAAAGAUCACGUUGCGGCAGUCCUAUCGGUCGACUACUCCCCCACCGGACAAGAAAUUGUCACGGGAUCCUACGACCGCACAGUCCGGUUAUGGAAGGCAAGAGAAGGUCGCUCGCGCGACGUCUACCACACAAAACGCAUGCAGCGCGUCUUCUCAACAAUUUUCACCAUGGACUCCUCCUCCGUCCUCUCCGGCUCAGACGACGGUAACAUCCGUAUCUGGCGUUCCCACGCUUCAUCCCGUCAACACGUCCUCACCUCUCGUGAACGUGUCGCGCAGGAAUACAGAGAGAAACUUAAGGAACGGUAUGCGCAUAUGCCCGAGAUCAGGCGGAUUGCGAGACAUCGGAGAGUACCGGGGGUUGUUAAGAAGGCGGGAGGGAUUAAGAGGGUUGAGGAGGAGGGGGCGAGAAGGAAGGACGAGAAUAGGAGGAAGCAUGAGGCAAAUAGUGUUGGGAGUAAGGAGAGGGUGCCGGAGAGGAAGAAGGCGUUGGUUAGCAGGGAGGAGUAGGAUGAUGUAUGAGGUGCAUUGGGACGCCA